AUGUUACAGUUCGCCCGUGUUUUUCAUGUAUUCCUCGGAAUAAGUCUUAUUCGCUCUCAGACAACAGUAAGAUGGUGUUCAGUAUCACCUGAAGAAGAAAUCAAGUGCAACCGCCUUAGUUCAGUGAUUCAAUCUACUACUACGAUUUCAAACAAAUAUAAUUUAACCUGUAUUCUCGGAUCAGAUGAGUUUAAUUGUAUGAAGUUGAUCAAUGAAAAGCAGGCUGAUUUAAUGAAUUUGGAUGUUGGUCUGGCAUAUUAUGGCAGCUCAUUGUACAGUUUACGUCCUAUUGCUGUGGAAAACUAUGCAAUGAGCAAUGCACCAAAUGCAAGAAAUCUGUACUAUUAUGCGGUCAUGGUUAAGCCAGUCAGUAUAAGUAUAGAUCCUACAAAUUUAAGGGGUAAAGAAAUUUGUUCAGCCGGUGCUGGGACAGCAGAAGGCUGGGUAAUGCCCGUUGGUACACUAAUAUCAGACUUGAGAGCAAUUCCGGUUACGCAGUGUAACAGUGUAGUACAAAACUUAAUUCGUUAUCUUGGUGAUUCUUGCAUACCGAAUUCAUUAUCUGAAAUUUUUAAUCCAUUCGGAGACAACACACAAGAAGUCUGUCGUCUGUGUUAUAAUACGGGGCUAUCUGAUUGGUGUGGAUCAUUAGAUAGGUACUCAGGAAACCAAGGAGCUUUGAGAUGCUUGAAGGAACAUACUGAAAAUUUUGAGUCAAAAUAUAAACCUGUUGUCGCUUUUUUGAGAGAUCAAGAGGUUGAAUUAGCUUCUGGUGAUGGGUUUCCAAAAGAAAAUUAUGAAUUAUUGUGUCCAUCAAAAAUGCCUAAUGGGAUGUGGACAGCCAACAUCUCUUCAUCUGCAAACUGUAAUUGGGGUAAAAUUCCAUCUCAUUUUCUUGAGUUGUUGGUUCAGAAUUUUGGUCCGAGUGGAACUAGUGUGUCAUCGUUCAAUUUAUUCUCAUCAGCUGGUUAUACAACUGUCAGUGGGAACAAUGCUACACAUCAUUUAAUGUUUUCUGAUCAUACAAAAAAUAUUUAUAUUCCUCCUGUAACCGAAACUGAAACUUACUAUCGAUGGAUUGAUCCUUCAUUUAAAAAAGCUCUAGAAAAAUUAGAAUCAUGUCCACUUCCUACGCUUGGAUGGUGUGUAAUUGAUGAAUUUGAAAUGUCUAAAUGUCAACGUAUGUCUAGUGCAUUCUCUGCAAAACGUAUUCAACCAGAAAUGUUUUGUUUGCAAGCUAAUUCAACAAUUGAUUGUAUGAAAUUAAUCAAAGAUGGUUAUGCAGAUAUGGUUACAUUAGAAGCUGGUGAUUUGUAUAUAGCUGGAAAAUAUUUUGAUUUAGUUCCAGUUGUUUCAGAAAAUUAUGGUAAUGGACCAUUCUAUUACGCAGUUGCUAUAGUUGAAAAAGUAAAUCCUGGUUUAUUAAUUUCGAAUUGGCGUCAUCGUCGUACAUGUCAUAGUGGUGUAGUUCAUGCAUUUGGUGAACUAAUUAGUCGAGCUUGUAUACCUGGAAUACUAAACAAAGCAUAUGAUCGUACUGGAACAAAUUCAUUAAAUCUUUGUGAAUUAUGCACUGGUGGCAAUGCUGACAGAUGUCGUCGAAAUAAUUUAGAGUUGUAUUAUGGAGAUGCUGGUGCAUUUAGAUGUUUAAUAGAAGGUGCAGAUAUUGCAUUUGCACGGCAUACAACAGUUCAUACAAAUACUGGUGGGAGAAAUCCAAAUUUUUGGGCUCGUGAUUUACGUGAAGAUAAUUAUGAAAUAUUAUGUCCUGAUGGACGACGUGCUGAAGUUCAUGACUGGAUCACUUGUAAUCUUGGUAAAAUUUCUAGUAAUGUUGUAGUUACUGCAAAUUAUAAAUCUGAAAAUGAAAGAACUAAUAUGUGGCGUUUAUUACAAUAUGGUCAAGAAUAUUAUUCAUCUGAUAGUGAUCCAGUUUUUCAAAUGUUCAAUUCUGAAUUUGGUCAAAAAGAUUUAAUAUUUAAUGAUGAUACAGAAAGUUUAAGUUUAAUUCCAUGGGAAAAUCAAACAUAUGAAGCUUGGCUUGGUCAACAAUUUAUACAAAUGGUUGAAAAUUUACAAGUCAUAUCAAAUCGUUAUGAAAAUGGUUUAUAUAAUAGUGGUAUACUUAAAAUCAAUCAAUCUAUAACUCAUUAUACCAUUAAAUGGAUAUUAACACUGAUCAUUUGUGUUUAUCAAUGUUUGAUCUAUUUAUAG